CGAACAGUUAGCUAAUAAGUUAUAACCCCGUCUUUUCAAUCCCUAUUUCAUACAGGUUUUCCUAUUCACCUAAAACAUAGAAAGUAUGAGUGUACUUUUAAUCAUGUUGUGAUCACACAUAAAUUUAUAAUUAGUUAUGAAAUCCAAAUUUAAUUACAUUUUCCAUGUAAAUUAUAAAACACCAAAAGAUUCUUUGAUAUAUUUGGACUAUGGCUCGUAGUGUGUUCGAGGAAACGCAUGUCUCGUCUUCUCUGGAACUCGUCAGCUGAAUACUUUUCUCAAUUUCAGUUAAUCCGUCAUAUUACGUGAUCAUCACCAUCAGUCGUAAUUUCUCAAAAAAAACAUCGAGAGAUUCUUUUAAAAACCAGUUACUAGGUUGAACAAGAAAAUCUUCAGACACUUGACAGUAACACAGAUACUACCAUUUAAUCUCAGAUACACAACAGCGAAUUUUUCGAUCCCACUAUAAUAAGACAAGCAAUACUGGUUAUUUGCUAUUCUGACUUUAUUAUUUAGUGCAAUUCUAGAAACUGCUGUAGUUCCGACUCAUAUUCAAGUACAUUAGAAUCUAAAAUUUAAUACAUAAAGAGCAAGCCAAAAUAUUAUGUCUACAUGAAGAAAUUAAAACACUGUGAUUUAAUCACUUCUAAAUACUCAUUGCGUGAAUCGAGAAAGGAUCAUGUAAAUAAAUUGGAUUUUAAAAAUCAAAACUCCCAGUCUACCUCAAAUCUUAGUAGACAAAUCAAUGGGAGUAAUAGUAGCAGGAGAACAAAGUGUGUUCAUCGUGAAAAUUCUACUUCAUCUAAAAAUAUGUACAAAUUAGACCAGUCAUAUUUGAAGUCAUCUCUAAAGAAAAAUAUUGGCAGUUCGCCGUUAACUGACAACAUUUUUACAGUCAAUAUUAAGCAGCAAAACUUGUCAAAAUCAUUUGAUUAUUCACGUCGCAUUAUUUUGCCUUUUUCCGAAAGUUCAACAGAUAAUAACUAUGAAUUUAUUGAUCCCGCUACAUCUUCAGUUCGUUCAAACGGAUGUUCAGUUGAAAACUCAUGGUCAAAUUUAUGGCGUAGUGGCCUUCCAGAGCAAAAGUUAACUGUAUGGUUACCUAGACGGUAUACUGAACAAGGUUGCGAACAUCUUCAGUUUAGAUUGAGCAAGGCUUCGAGCAGUAUAAAACUAAAUAAAAUUAGCUUUCCUGAUAUAAAUUUCCUAGAACUGGGUAGUAAUUUGACAUUGAAGACAAUCCAAAAGCUCUCACCACAGAUGAAUAUGACAUCCAACAGUUAUUGGGCGUCGAACACUCAUUUUGCUGGUCACAGUGUUACUACCGUUAUUAAUAACAAUAAUAAUAGUAACACAAAUAAUUCCAGACUUUCUAAUAAUCUUCAUAAAAAUGGAGAUGUACACCUAAUGCAUCCUGAUAAUUCAAAUAAAUUAACCAUAAUGGGGAAUUCUUAUCCUGUUAAUAGACCUCCAGAUAUCAAAGAAAAAACUUUGGCACAACUGUCUCUUAUCAGAAAAGAAGAAAACUGCACAAUAUCAAUUGAUUCUGGUACCAAUGUGAAAGGUUAUAUGGAUCCGAUGGUAGGCGCACCAAUAGAAUACUUAAAUCGUAUAAAUGAACUGUCGAAACUACAGGCGAUUACCAAACGUUGGGAACGUACUCGAUGUCGUCGUCGGAUGAAGAAAGAUAUGAGCAUUAACAAAUCAGUUGCGGAUUCAAUUAAAUAAUUAAAUAUGAUUGUGUUACAUUUUUCUACCUUUUGUAAACCGAUAUAAAUGUUUUUAGGAUCC